GUUGAGGUUGCUGAGGUUGUUGGUAUCAUCAAGCUCGGGUUUAGCGUAGAUGAUAAAAUAUGAGCUAAAGUUGGAUAGGCUUGAACAAACAACCAACAGUAUCUGGAGGCUGUAUGAUAUGUUUGAGUACUACCAGGAGAACCAGGACAGGAUAGAGUCUCACACUCUCUUAGACUUUGCGGAGACCGUCACCAGUCAUGAAUCCUUCUCCGUCCGAGCAGAACUAUCCCGUCUUCAUACUCUUGUAGUUCCUGGAGCAUUCAAGGCAUGGAAUUAUAUCGUUAUCAUUAUAAUGGAAUUAGUUAAGUUUAUAACAGUUAUUGGUGUGGUUCAAGGAGUAAUCUGUCAGGAACUGACUUCUAAACUAUUAAAGCAAGCAGCAGAUAGUCUCCUAGAUCCACUCCUUCCCAAAAUUAGUUCAUUCAACAGCUAUGCUCGGCUUCCAGAGCCUAGUUCACAAGAUCUCAUCUCUCGACGUCUCCAAGCUAGCCUAAACGCACAGGUUGGAGACAAUUGGAAGGCUUUGAAUGAACCCCAGAGAUAUCUAAUUCUCAUGAGCAAGGAUCCUGUUGUACAGAUUCUCAAUAGCUUCGUCAAUAUUAAAGAUCAAAUUGAAGAGUUUGAAAUGAGCAUGAAGGGAACUGCUGUUGAAUCCCAGCUGAAUAAUCUCUUGAUAUCUCCGGCUGAGUCCAUGAGGAACUGGAUCAGAUAUUGGGAUACUCUUAGGAAAUAUAUUGGACAAGUGGGUCAGCUUUACACAUACUUUCAAAGCUACGUUGAUCAACCAGAGAGCGCAGAUAAAUCCAGUCUCAAUGACUUCGUAUCCUCCAUGGUUGAGACAAAAAUCUCUGAAAGCUCUCUCAAGAAUAUGUUAAAUGCUUUCCACCAAACUGUUCUAAGACAGGACACUAACUCAACAUUAUUUUCUUUUCUCUACAACAGUUUUCAGAAGAUGUCUCCAAUAAAUUUUAAAAAAUCAAAGACGACAUUCAAUUCGUCUUGCUGCAUUCAUGUUUUGUGGGACACCAUGUAUCUCUUGUUUAAGGGAAACUUCACAUCUGAGUCUGAGGUUGCUAAAACAAAUUUUGAGCGGCAAGCUCUGGAGAAGCUAGGGAGUGUUCGUGAAGUUCUGCCUGAGUUAAGUCGAGAGUACAGAAGAUGUGAUCCAAAAAAUCAUAAAGAAGGGCAGACAUUCCUCCAGGUCAAGGGGUUCCUUCAGGGAUAUAUUGAAAACGAAGUUGACAUGAACGAGCAGAAAUCCUGUAAAUCCCAGUGUUCUCAAUACACCUAUGCAGAAUCUACGGGAUGCUACAAGGACCUGUUUUGUGCAAAGCAAAGACGAUGCUCCGGACGGGUCUUUGAUUGUGAGUUUUAUAACGCAGACGCCUGGGUGUGCAUGUCCCAGAAUCCUGAUCGAAGAUAUGAUUGGAUUCAGUACGAGGAUGGAACUAUUCUUGGAGAUACUACAGAUCAAUGCAUAAAUAAGAUCAAGGUUGAUUCCUGGUGGAGGUAUAUAUUCUGGCAUUGUUCCUACUGUCUGUGUAAGUGUGAUGAGAUCCUACCAACCAGUGAAAGAUAUUGGGCUCUGGUCUCAAGUCUAGCAGAUACAGAGAACGGGUAUCUUGUAACCGGAGCAAGGUUUAUUAAACGCGGAAAGAUCUUCUAUCUUCAGAUUGAGCAGGCUAAAGCUCUUCAAGAAGGUGGGGUCGAUGAGUCUACCAAGGUCUGGGUUGAGCCUCCGGAGAUAUCCGAGGACAACCUCACCUUAAAUCCACAAAUAUUCACAAUGUCCUACGAACAGAGAGCAAUCGACCUCGACACCCUCUCUGCUCCCGAAGGUCAUGUUUUGACCGGCCUGAAGCUGCGAAGUAUUGGAGGACAUAUAAACCUGGAGGCCCAGGUGACACCUAUCCGGUUCAAUACUGCGGAACUACUUAAAGAACAAUCCAUCUGGAUCGCGAAUGACAACACGCCAGCAUCACAGAGACCAAGACAACUUCUUCCUCUGGUUAUCCCUGAUAUUCCAACCAGACUGAUUGGACAGAACAAGGUGGAUGCGUCACAUGAUAAAUAUUUACAGUUUGACACCUCCUCAGCACACAAGGAUGUUGCUCAAACAACUAUUCCUUUUAUUGAAGCUCUACCCGUCUCUCCUAGCCCAUCAGCCUGGCUUUCAGGGGCAGGAUUAUAUCAUAAGGGUCGGAUAGGAUUUGGAGGAUUUAUUGGAAUAUCGGUUGAAACAUUUGAUUUUUCCCGCCAUUUACUUUCUGAUCUGGAGUCGCCAUCUUUAAAUAUGGAGUACGUGAAAGCAGAAGGAUAAUAAAAUUAAAUGUAAUGGAAUUAUUAUUCAAGAUAUUAAAUAUAUAGCCUAUAAAUACACAAUAAAAAUAAAUGUACACUUAAAAGUUUUUCUUUUCACAAUAGUAAAUAGCAAUAUGAAUAAAUCUACAAUUUGAA